AGCAAAAAGAAGCGCACUGCUUGCCAAAGUUUUCGGCCAUGGCAGAUUCCAAGGUUCGUGGUGCUGUUGGGGCGGCUGCGGCCAUUGUGCUCAUCUCACGGCUCCGGGAUGUUCAGCAUUUGCCACGCCUCGUGCUGGACAAGGGCUCUCCAACUCAGAGUUUGCGGAUCCUUGCCUCUUCAGUGGCAAUCUAUGGCUACGAGCGGCUUGUGGCCAUGAUCUUGCGACGUUUGGGACUGACAAGGAUGCCCUCGACAUUGGCGGCGAUGCUUUCCCUGUUCGCAGCGUUGCGAACUGUGCAGAAAGUGCAGGGGAGGCAGUCCUCAGACAGGCUGGCUGAACUUCUGAAGCCGGGUGUGGACUUCUUGGGCAAAUGGAUGGGCCUUUUCUUGGCUCCUCCACUGGCUUCGUUGGAUGCUUCCAUUGCUCGACUGCCGCCGUACAGCGGCAAAGUGUGGGCCAACACAACUGCUCUACUUGGCUUGGGUUGGGGCUUCACGCAUGCAGCAGCAGGUGGUGUGGCCUCCUCACUUGUGCCUGCCGACAAAGAACCGGGCAAGUCGUCCUACACGGCUACUCCUGCCGCAUCACCAAUGGCCAACGGAAACAGCCAGGUUUCCCAGGAAGAAGCAGUUCGACGGUCUUGGGUGUUGCUCGGGGCAGCAGGAUUCCUUGGUGUGGCAUGCUCACCUGCUCUCCCUUUGGUGCUCCAUCGUCCCUUUGGGAUCCUUUGCGAAAUGAGCACAACAGUGUGCUCCUUUUCGCUGGCCAAGCUGUUACCAGAUGCAAUCCAGCGCGUGCUCCACCCGCUGGUCGCGUGCGCUGUCUCCUCCAACUUAGCGUCACGCUUUGUCGGUCCUGUGGCGCCCUACUUUGAUGAGGGGAAAGGCGUUGGAGACCGCUUCUUCCAGUGGCUGCCAGCUGCAGUCACAGGCCUUGGAGUGCGAAUGUACAACACCACCGGGUUGUGGUUGGACAAUGCUGAUGACUUCAAAUGCGUGCUUGCAACUUGUUCGGCCUCAGGGUGUAUUUCAAUUCUCCUCACCACUCUGGGGGCAGUCAACCCAGCAUCUCCACUGGCUGUUCCCGCACCGUUGUCCUUGCCAUUGCUGCACCGCUCGGUGAUGUCUGCGCUGGGCAUCGAGGGUUCACAGGCCAUUGGUCCAGAGUGCGACCCAAAGUUGGCCGUGGCAUCGAUCCUGAUCACGGGAUGCAUCGGUGCCUCUUUGGGCAACAGCCUCUUGAACGCCUUCCCAGCCAUCUUCCGGGCGUCGUCGCCGCUGGUGCGUGGGGUUGCUAUGGGGUGCUCCGCACACUCCAUUGGCACUGCGGGGCUCAUCUCCCUCGGGGACACAGAGGCAGCGGCAAUCUCCGGUGCGUCCAUGUGCUUGGCUGGCACCAUGCACACCUUGGUGCUGCAGCUGCCUGGCGUAGUCUCGGGCAUUCGAUCCUUGGCUCAGCUGAAGGCAGCAUGAGGUGCUCUUCCUACGCCAAAGUUCAAGAAGGUUUGAAAGGUGUUCAUGCUCUUCAAGUACCUUUUGAGGUUUUCGCAAUGCAGUGAUUUUGCAGGAGUAUGAACAGAGCCCA